UAUUUCUCCGCCCUCUUGGUAACUUGUUAUUUAUUAAUUUGGCUCAUAUUGUGAUUUUAGAAAGAAUGAUGACGGCUCCCUAUGCAUGGAAGGGCGACCCACGUAUGAGGAUUAUCCCUACCCUGUGGUCUUCCUGCCACCUUAUGAGAACCCUCCCGCCUGGAUACCCUUGCAGGAGAGAGUUUAUCAUUCUGAUUAUAACAAUGAGUUAACACAUUUCCUUCCACGAACAAUUCUUCUAAAGAAGCCACCUGGAGCACAGUUGGGAUUUAACAUUCGUGGAGGGAAAGCUUCUCAGCUUGGGAUCUUUAUAUCAAAGGUUAUUCCAGACUCCGAUGCUCAUCGAGCUGGUCUUCAGGAGGGUGACCAAGUGCUGACGGUGAAUAAUGUUGAUUUCCAGGAUAUUGAGCAUAGCAAGGCUGUGGAGAUCCUGAAAACCGCCCGGGAAAUCUUUAUGCAAGUUCGCUUUUUUCCUUACAAUUACCAACGUCAGAAAGAAAGAACAGUCCACUAGAAGUGUUUGGAAUAAACUGCUGGAGCCUUUUUUCCGUCCACAUUCCAUUUGAAACCUCUAAUGUAUAAGGACUCUGGCCUUUUAUUUUCCCUCAUAAUGAACAUGAUUUUAUUUUCUGUGGUGAGACACGGCUGCUUUCACACCUGCAACCCCAAAUUUUUUGUUGCAGUCCUGUAAUCCAACUUUGACUACAGUUUAGUUAAUCUCACCUGUUUGGAUAGUCGUUUGGGAAAUAGAGAAGAUAAUUUGGUUUGAUAAUCUAGUCAUGGCACUGAAUUAGAUAUAAGAUAUCACGUGUUUUAUUUUUUUUAACUAAAACUAUAGUAAACACAUCAUCUUGAGGUUUAUGAACCUACAUUAAAUCCUAUUUACAGAAGAAAUUCUUUUAUAUGGAAACAGUGUAGUGUACUUGGAGGGAGUAGUAGACCCCAUGACACAAUAAUAAUAAUAAUAUGUUUAAAAAAAAAACACAGAAAAACUAACUGAAAAAGCAUAAAUUAUACAACUGUAGAAUAGAAUUGUGUAUAGCAAGCCCCAAUAUGUGAAAUACAAAAUUGUAUGUUUAAUGAAAUAUUAAGGGGAUUUGAUUCUUUGCUUCUUGCUGCUUUUUUUUUUUGGGGGGGGGGGGUGGAUUCUGCACUGAAUAUGUGCAUUCACAGCAUUUUUCUUAUCCUUUAUAAAAAAUAUAUAUAUAUUUCUUAAUGAAGAUGGCUGACUUGACUGAUCCAUUAAUUUAAUAAGGGAUUGCUGUGAUCUGCUUAACAUUUAUGUGUUCCUUUCACUCAAUAAAUAAUAUAUGUAUCAUACAA